AUGACGUUCAAUGUCGGCCUUCGGUGGUCGUCACGACAGGCAGCAACAGCAGCUGCACGGACGUCCUCGAUUCCGCUCCUCAAGCUGCCUUCCAGCUGUCAUCCCCCGCUACUAUUCACGAGACUAUCCUCGAGCACCUCAUUACGGCCAUUCUCACUCAAUGCAUCAUCAGCAAGACCACUAUUCACUCCCGGUCUGCAACAACCACAUGCUCUCUUGAAACCCUUCCCCGAUCCUUCGCUACGCGCAACUUGCCUCCUAGCUGUACGCAACUUCACAUCAACCUCCCUCAUCCGCUCCCAACCGACCCCAUCCACACCACCACAACCCUCCACCCCCUCCUCGCCGAACCCGAAACAACCUCUGUCAGAAGACAUUCUAACCAUCCCCAACCUCUUAACAAUGCUUCGCCUCGCCGUAACCCCUUACAUUGGCUACCUUGUCGCCACCCACCAUUUCGUCCCCGCCGUAACCCUUCUCUUCUUCGCCUCUCUCACCGAUCUUCUUGAUGGCUAUAUCGCCCGUCGUACAGGGAAAUAUACUGUAUUCGGCUCCAUCGCUGACCCAGCCGCUGACAAAGCUUUAGUCACAACCAUGGUCAUCUCUUUGGCCAUGUCAGGGAUACUACCCUGGACUGUAGCUUCUAUUAUUCUCGGGAGGGAUAUAGCUUUGGUCAUCUCAGCUUUCAUUAUCAGGUAUUGGACUUUGGAGCCGCCGAAAACGUUGGCAAGGUACUUUAAUCCAAGUUUGCCAUCGGCUACUGUGACGCCGACGCAGAUUAGCAAGUACAAUACAUUUUUGCAGUUGUUAUUGCUGGGACUUUUGACAUUGUAUCCGAUUUUGUUCCCUAACCAGCCAAGCCCAGGACUGAGCUUUUCGAACGGGGUUGAUGUGGAGAAGAGAGUGAAAGCGGGAAGCGAAGCAGAAUCGCCAAUGGUAGAAGAGACGAGAAAACAGCUCGCAGAGAAGGGAUCCUUGGGGCAGCAAGCGAAACGAUGGAUCGAUGCGGGGAUAACGGCUUUAAUGUGGAUCACGGCCGCUACAACGGUGUAUUCAGGACUAGGGUAUUUGGGUGGUGCAGGGACGGGAAAGGUGCUGGCGAGUAACGUUAGGGAGAAGAUGAGGAGUUCGCUCGCGAAGAACAAGCCUAAGCUGUAG